AUGCGCUCCCUCACCAUGCUCCGCGCUAUCAAGCCCACUGCUGUUUCGACACGAUGCCUCUCCACCUCGGCCGCAUCUAGGCUCGCUCAGCCCGCUGCUGCUGCUGCUGCUUCUUCGGGUGCAGCAAAGGCACAGCUCAGUCAGAUCGCUCUUUCCCGUGCUCAGCUUGUCGACUCCAAAUGGCAGGGAACUUCGAUGCUCGGUGGCACCACCAAGAACUAUAUCGACGGCAAGUUUGUCGAGUCUUCCACUUCUUCUUGGCUCGAUGUUAACGACCCCUCCACUCAAGCUGUUCUCUCCAAGGUGCCUCUCACCACUCCUUCCGAGUUCGAAAAGGCCGUAGCCAACGCUGAGGCUGCCUUCCCCAAGUGGAGGGAGGUCAGCUUGCUCAGCCGUCAGCAGGUCAUGUUCAAGCUUCAAGCUCUUAUCCGCGACCACAUGGACGACAUUGCCAACGCUAUCGUUCUCGAACAGGGCAAGACCUUUGUCGAUGCCAAGGGUGACGUUCUUCGUGGUCUUCAGGUCGUUGAAGUUGCUUGUGGUAUCACCAGCACUCUCAUGGAAGAGCGUAUCGAGGUCUCCAAGGACAUGGACACCUACGCUCGUCGUGAGCCUCUCGGCGUCACCGCUGCCAUUGCUCCCUUCAACUUCCCCGCCAUGAUCCCGCUCUGGUCUAUCCCCAUGGCUACGGUCACCGGUAACACCCUCAUCCUCAAGCCUUCCGAGCGAGUCCCUGGUGCCUCUAUGAUUAUCGCAGAGCUCUGCGAACGCGCAGGAAUGCCCAAGGGUGUGCUCAACGUUGUCAAUGGCGCUGUCCAUGUCGUCAACGCUAUCUGCGACGACCCUCGCAUCAAAGCCAUCUCCUUCGUCGGCUCCGACAAAGCCGGGGCUCACAUCUACCACCGUGGUACCGCCAACGGCAAACGUGUCCAGGCCAACCUCGGUGCCAAGAACCACGCCAUCCUCAUGCCCGAUGCCAACAAGAACUUUGCACUCAACUCGAUCGCAGGUGCCGCCUUCGGUGCUGCAGGACAACGCUGCAUGGCUCUGUCCGUCCUUGUUGCUGUUGGCGAGGCUCAGUCUUGGCUUCCUGAGCUCGUGGAACGCGCUAAGCAGCUCAAGGUCUCCGGUGGCUUUGAGGAGGGUGCCGAUCUUGGCCCCUUGAUCUCUCCCCAGGCUCGUGAGCGCGUCCGCAGCCUUACGGGCAGUGUCGAGCAAGAAGGAGGAAAGAUGCUCCUUGACGGACGAGACUACUCCUGCCCCGACUACCCCAACGGCAACUUUGUCGGCCCUUCCAUCGUCGAAGCUGGUCCCGGCAUGAAAGCUUACGACCAAGAAAUCUUUGGUCCUACCCUCGUCGUCGUCAAAGCAGACACUCUGGACGAAGCCGUCUCUUACAUCAACAAGAACAAGUACGGCAACGGGGCGGCUAUUUUCACCACCAACGGUGCUACAGCUAGGAAGUUUGAGAAGAAUGUCAAUGCUGGUCAGUUGGGUGUCAACGUUCCUGUCCCCGUACCACUGCCUAUGUUUGCUUGGUCCGGUAACAAGGGUUCCGUGCUUGGUGAUAUCGGAUUCUACGGCAAGUCGGCUUUGAAUUUCUACACUAGCUUCAAGACUAGUACGAGUUUGUGGAGGAGCGACGAUGCGCAGUUGAGCGAGAAGGCUAGUGUUAAUAUGCCAACUAUGUCCUAG